CCCACAUCUCUCUCUCUCUCUCUCUCUCUAUCUAUCUAUCUAUCUAUCUAUCUAUCUAUCUCUGCUGCCCUAAUAAUGAGAUUGUGAAUUCCUCUCAGCUAAUUCCGAUCGCCAUUACGCUCGAAGCUUCUCACUCUCAGAUUUCUCUUUGCGGAUGUCUCUUUCACUGUCGGCUGAAUUGAAAUGAUGAUUGAGGAUCAGUAGUGUAAGCCAAAUUGCAAUGCUUACGCGAGCAGCAGCUCUGAGAUUGGAGAUCAGAAGGAGAUUCUAGACGUGAGAGAGAGAGAGAGUUAUUGAAUCGGAACUUCUGUUAUCCCUAGAGAAGAGCGUGAAGUGGAAUGGAAGUUUCAGUGCUCUGAAAAGGGGCCACUGAGAUUGAAGAUCAGUAGCGGAGUCUAAAUCCGUGUGUGUGUGUGUGUGUGAGAGAGAGAGAGAGAGAGAGAGAGAGAGAUGUUGGAUCUCAACGUUAACGUGGAGUCCUCGUGUGAUGAGCUAGAGAUGAAGAUCGCGGCCGGGGAGAAAGUCCAGGUGCUUGACGAUUCCGGGACACCGAAUUCCUCCGUUGUCAGCGCCGACGAACCUCCGAUCAAUGUCGCCGAUGAAAACUCGAGCUCUGACCACGCCAGGCGCUUGAACAGCCUUGCUUCGUUCAAUUUCGAUAUAUUGAACAGAUGUAAUGGUGGUAGUGUCGGUGGCUUCGUCGGAAUCGAAUACGAGAGCCACCGGGAUUUGGUUACGAGGCAGCUUUUCCCGGCCGAUGACGCGGAGGAGAUUGGGGCUGGAUCGCCGCCGUCAGCGACGUCUUUGUUGCGGCGGCAGUGGUCGAAGUUGAAUCUCUCGUUCCCUGACCCUGGAGGUGGGGGGGAGUUGAGAGCUUUUCAGCAACAGAAGCAACAGCAGGUGAAGAAGAGUCGGCGGGGGCCUAGGUCUCGGAGCUCGCAGUAUCGUGGGGUUACGUUUUAUCGGAGAACUGGACGUUGGGAAUCACACAUCUGGGAUUGUGGGAAGCAAGUGUAUUUGGGUGGGUUUGACACUGCUCAUGCUGCCGCUCGAGCCUACGAUCGGGCUGCAAUUAAGUUCAGGGGAGUUGAUGCUGAUAUCAAUUUUAACAUCUGUGAUUAUGAAAAUGACAUGAAACAGAUGAGAAACUUGGGUAAGGAGGAAUUUGUGCAUAAACUUCGUCGGCAAAGCACUGGAUUCUCUGCGGGGAGCUCGAAGUACAGAGGAGUAACCCUUCACAAAUGUGGCCGAUGGGAGGCUCGAAUGGGACAGCUCCUUGGGAAGAAGAAUAUAUAUCUUGGGUUAUUCGACAGUGAAGUAGAAGCUGCAAGGGCUUAUGACAAAGCAGCAAUCAAGUGUAAGGGAAGGGAAGCAGUCACCAACUUUGAGCCGAGUACCUAUGAAGGUGAGAUAAGAACUAUGGAUGCCAAUAAUGCAGGUGGAGGCACCGCUGAGAAUCUUGAUCUGAAUCUCUGCAUUUCUCCACCAAAUGAUGUACCAAUGGGGAACAAAAAUGUCCGAGAUCUCCACUUCCAUUAUACUGCUGGUGAAGUACCUGAUGUCAAGAGGCUAAAGGUUGAGAACUCUGUUUCUGCUCUGGCGGACGGUCAAAAAAUACAUUGUCUAGCAAUAGCAUCCAAACAGCCUCUAAUGUGGUCUGGCAUCUAUCCCAGUUUCUCAUCAAAAAAUGAGGAAACUGCGUUAGGGAUGGCAGCCGAAGGACUCCCUUUGCCUGGAUUCUCAAACUGGGCACAGCAAAUGCAGAGCCAUGGCAUGGCUAGCCCUGUGGCACUGUUCACCACUGCAGCAUCAUCAGGAUUCGGUUCUUCCACCCCCACUACCUUAUCGGCCAUCCUCCCACCACAAACGCCCCACCACAAGACUACCCAUAAACUCUACCUUCCAACACCUACUGGCAACAUUCCUCAUUUUAACUAUCAGAAGAGCUGAAGAGCAAUGUGUUUGGGAGAUCAGUUGAUGGCCGGCGAUCAAGUUUGCAAGUAUCAGUGUCCCUAAGGAAACCGAUUUCUGUUUCGAGCAUAUGGCACAUAUUGCAAGGUGUACAGAUUGUUAUGGUACUUGUAAGAACUUUCUUAGCUGCUACAAUACUAAUAAGAGUCGACUAUAGUGUCUCAACAUAUUCAGUCCGUCUGUUUAAGGUCUCACAGCCAUCAUUAACUGCAUAAACUUUGUUUCUCAGCCGAGAAGGGAAGUGAUUUUUCAUUUUGUCGUA